CCUGAAAACUUUCAGAACACGUGUACAUCUUCCCAUCCAGUGGAUAAUGGUGGGAUUAAUUUGAGAAGAAGAUAAUCAGCCAAUUGAAAGAGAAGAAGAAAAAAGGAAAUUUUUAGAAGAUAGAAAUCAAGAGGCAAAGCAGGGUGAAGUGUGAAGCAAAGUUUAGCCAAUUGUUUUGUGGAAGAACAUGUCUGCUUCUCAUGUAUCCGCUUCCUUCAACCUCUCCAUCUAUGAUGCAUGUAACCCAAAUUCUCCAAGACUUUGUACAAUUUCAAGGCUACCCACCUCAAGUUUUGCUCGAAAUGCUACAUCUUUUGUCAGGGGUUCUCCACUUGUUAUACGGACAAGCUCUGCUCAAUUGAAGCCUGCAUCCAAAGCAAACUCAGCUUCUAUAAAGUGCGAGCAAAGUACAAAUGAGGGGAAUGGCUUGGAUGUAUGGUUAGGAAGGAUUGCAAUGGUUGGCUUUGCUGUGGCAAUCACUGUUGAAGUAUCAACUGGCAAGGGGCUCCUUGAGAAUUUUGGGGUCACAGGCCCGUUGCCAACUGUGGCUCUGGCAGUCACCGGACUGGUUGGUGUUCUGACUGCUAUCUUCAUAUUCCAGUCCGCCUCAAAGGAUGGUUUCUCUUUCCUUGUUUUGGAUCUUUCAUCUUCUGAAUUCUCCACCUUGUUGGGUCUUUUUAUUGCUCCCAUGGGCUUAGGCAGUUCCCGUCUUAUGAAGAGGCUCGUCUCUAAACGUCAGAUAAAGCUACUGAUGGUCGGCCUUGAUGCUUCUGGAAAGACAACGAUCCUUUACAAACUCAAGCUCGGACAAGUUGUACGGGCAAUGCCCACUAUAGGUUUCAAUGUGGAGACUGUUGAAUACAAUAAUCUCAACUUUGCUGUGUGGGAUCUUGGUGGACAAGAGAAGAUUCGGGCGUUAUGGAAACAUUAUUAUCGGAACACCCAGGGGCUCAUUUUCGUUGUAGACAGCACUGACAGAGGAAGAAUUAUAGAAGCUCGUAAUCAGCUUCACAGAAUUAUCAGUGAGGACGAACUGUGUAAUGCAGCAGUAUUAGUAUUUGCCAACAAACAAGACCUUCCAAAUGCUAUGCCAGUCUCAGAGGUUGCUCACAAGCUUGGGCUACAUCUUCUUCGUCAUCAUACAUGGCAUAUCCAGAACGCUUCCGCCAUAUCAGGUCUCGGACUCUAUCAAGGUCUUAAUUGGUUAUACCAAAACCUCUGUGACAGUUCUAAAUGAGGGAGGUUUUUUUCUUGUGGUUAGUUUUUCUGCAUGGAUAAAGGCAGCUGAUGAAGGAAUGCGAACGCAUCAAAUGGAUACUAUAUGCCUUUCGUACAGCACUAAAGUGUUCAUAACAUUGUGUAGCCACUUUUAAAAUGUUGUCUCUUUUUUUCUGUUUAGCCUUUUACUAAAGUUGCGUUUUGGAAUCUAGAUAUUCUUUGUAAGAGCUGACAGAAGAUGAUGCUUUUUUUUUUUUCUCUUUUGGCUUGUUUCUUAAGUUAGUAAUGUGUAAGUUGAUCUAGCAUGUUGUAUACCUAAUUCAUUCUCCAUGUAUUGACGUUUGAAACAACUUUUCUUGUUU